UGCUCCUCUCAGAGCUUUCUGUAUCAUGAAACUGUUCAGCAAACAAAAUAGUUCCAUGAUACAUAGAGAUCCUACUGCCGGCUCGCUGGGAUUCAUAUCCAACCACAGGGUCCGUAGACUGAGCUAAUGUCUCCUGCAUGGAUAACACUACCAAUAUGAAGCGUCCUAAGAGCCCCGACUGGCUGGACAGCAGCCCUCCUCCCAAGAGUCAGCAGGGACAGGAGGAGGAAGAAGAGGAGGAAGAUGAGGAGGAGAGGAGGUGGGCGGCAGGGCACAGGGCCAAACGAGAGCGCCGUCAAGGCAGCAGCAGCACCACUAUGUGUCAGGUGUGCCACAUACAGCUGAACUCCAGCGCCCAGGCCCAGAUCCACUACAGAGGGAAGACACACCAGAGGAGGCUGCACCGACUGGCAAAGGUUGUCAGCACAGGUGCCCUCUCCCAGAGCCAGGUCCACCCACUCCUGGGAUCCCUGCCUCUGCUAGGUCGACCCCUCCAGCCGCAGACUCAUGCCCAGCUGGAGCACUUCCUGCCGCUCAGGGUCAACAGCUCCUCGCCGCUCAGCCUUUUCCCCAAUUUCAACACCAUGGACCCAGUGCAGAAGGCAGUGAUCAACCACACCUUUGGCAUGUCUCCACCCAAGAAGAAACCCAUCAUCUCUUGUAACAUCUGUCACCUGCGUUUCAACUCCACUACCCAGGCGGAGGCCCACUACAAAGGUCACAAACAUGCUCGCAAGCUAAAGGCCUUGGAGACCCAGAGGAACCGGCAGAAGAACGGACACAGUCCAGUCACAACAGGAAAAGACAGAGACCGAGAGAGGGGGAUGAUGGGAAGAGGAACUGUGCCCACAUACUCACAUUUGAAAGACAUAACAGGCCCAAGUACUUCUUCCCAACCUGCACAGCAACAACCAGAGAGCAGCCAGGGGAGCUUGCUGGCACCCACUCCUUCUUCACAGCCUUCAUCCACAGGAUCCUCCUCACUGCGCUCUCCUCAGUUGUCACCACAAAUCUCCCCUGGCCUUCAGCUUUCUGAUCUGCCUUCAGACAGUCCACCUGGGGAAGGGUGCAGCCCAGCCAACAGUUCGGCCCGACAAUCUGACCCUCAGGGGAGCUACACGGGAGGUGAGGAGGAGGUGAUGAAGGUGGAAGAGGCCAAGAGCAACAAAAAACAGCAUCUCCACUGUCCCACAUGCAAAGUGACAGUCAAUUCCAGCUCCCAGUUAGAGGCUCACUGUACUGGCUCUAAGCACAAACAGAUGCUUGAUGCUCCGAACAGCAACCAGUCACAACACAGGGUCAAGAUGACAUCAUCGCACAGGCCCACCUGCCGAAUUAAGCAGCGAAUGGGCAGCAAGACCAGAGCGGUUGUGGGUGUAUCCAGCAAGCCCUUUCACUGUGAAAUGUGCCAGGUGUCCGUCAACUCAGAGACACAGCUGAAGCAGCACAUGAGCAGCAGGAGACACAAAGAGCGUUUGGCUGGGAAGCCUGUCAAGGUUAAGUUCACCCCCUAUAAUAAACUACAGCCCAGUGCUGUCUUAGCGACUAAACUGGCCCUGCAGAAGCAGCUAUCCAAGGCCCUGCCUGCAGGGUUCCUGACCAGCCCCCUCAAUCCAGCUGCCUUGUGUACCAUGGCCUCUGGACCCAUGGCACUAAGGCUGCCGCCGGGUCCCACAGCCUUCAUCCAGGGUCCCCUGAUCAGCCCCACGCUCUUCAGGCCUGCCCCAGGACCUCUGAGGGCCACACAUGCACCUAUUAUCUUCUCUCCUUACUAGCAAUGAACCAAGCUAGGCUGGAGGACCUACAGUAGAGUGGACCUAGCCAAAGCUGGACUAGCAGAAAAGUGUAUCAGCCUGGUGAGGACAAAACACGGGAUGCCCUGAGGGACACCAGGACACUAUGCAGCAACAGCAAGGCCAGCAUAUCAGCAUGUCAAGUUUGGCAGGUUUGAGUAAUAAGAACAGUAUGCAUAGUCCCCGGGUGUGGAUUGAGAUUUCAGCGCUGACUGACCAGUCCCCCCUUAAAAAUGGAAGGACCAUCGCUCAGCUGUUGCCCCUCAACAAACUGUUGAGUACAUGUUCCCCGGGGUCUGGACCCCUCUGGAAGCCAUAAUGACAAGCAUCUUUUUGUUUUAUUUAUAAGACAAUAAUAGACUAAUACAUUAGGAUGUGUAAAUGUUACUAAGUGUUUGUUGCCAAAAUGAUUUCAGUUUGAGAGCUUUGUAUUUGUACUCUGGGAGAACAAGUACAAAACUUCAUUCCUGCUUUAGUUUUCAUAACCAAAUCUAAAUCAAGAAAAUGCAGAUUGUGUUAAUCUCCAAUGAAACUGGCUACUUCCAUAUAACUGACCUCCAUCUAUGAAAAGAUAAAUGAGAUCCAUAACUUUAUAUUGCUGAGAAUAUUGCAUCACAACAAAUGUAUGUCUUUACAGCCAUUCUCUGAUAUGGAUGCUUUUUCUUUAUAAUUUAUUUAAGAUAAAUACAUACAUUCAUUUUUUCUCUGUCCGUGUCUUUCUCUCUUGCCCUCUGUGUAAUGAGGUGACAAUCAACCACCACCCUGAUGCCAAGAAUACUCGCUAUAUGUAGACAGCCUCAUAUAAUGCAUACAAUGAGAUUUAAUUUAAAGUUAUAAAAUUUUAAACUUGUAUUUCUUUGACACGAGCCAUUAUAAAACGCUCUUCAGGUGAUGGGUAGAUAAAUAAGUUAGGAUUUUGCAGCAGCUUGAUGCUGUUUCUGCAAUAUGAAGAAACAGGCUGAUGUGUGCUGUUCCCCAAAAUGUAGAUGAUUUAUCCGCAAGUUUUUAAAUGUGUCUUUGACGUCUUUAUGAAACCUAUUAUUUUUAUGGGGUUGUAUUAAAAAAACAUUCUUUCACUUUAGAAAUCCCCUCCCACCUGAUUGUACAGAAUCAUCCUAAGCAAUAUGUAUUUUCGAAGUGUCACCUGGUAAAAUGUAUGACUAUUGUAACUGUGCAUCAAUUGCAGUAAUGUAAAUUAUGUGCUAAAAAUGUCGAUACUGUAUUCUAUAUGAAAUUAUAAAUAUAGUACUGUUUUUUA